UUUUAUUGUCGAGUACUUCUCGCUGCAGCCGAUUAAAUCCAGCCUUAUCCUAGCGAUCAACGAACAGUAUUCAGAUGCCAACAUUCCUCUAAAACUCAACGACGGUGAUACCAUUGCUGUGAUACCGCCUUUAAGUGGAGGCUAAUAUGUUCGAUAUCAAGUUGAGCGAUUCCGCGCUGCAUAUCGAUGAGAUAUACAGGUCGGUGGUAUCUCCCAGGUGUGGAGCUGUUUCUCUAUUUGUCGGCACAACUCGGGAUAACUUCGAAGGUUUAAUGGUCACCAAACUAAUCUACGAAUCGUACGAGAAAAUGGCCAUUAAAAUGAUUCGAACGGUAUGCGAAGAAAUCCUCGAAAAAUGGACUGAAAUAGAGCACGUCGCCAUACACCACAGACUGGGCGAAGUUCCUGUCAGCGAAGCGAGCGUCGUAAUCGCCCUAUCUUCACCACACCGUAAAGAUUCGUUGGAAGCUCUCCACUACGCCAUAGACCGAUUAAAAGAAAUCGUGCCUAUCUUCAAAAAAGAACACUAUCAAGACGGAGGCGCCGAGUGGAAACAAAACGCCGAGUGUUCUUGGUCCCGUUGCGCAGCUAUACCAAAACAUAAUAAUAAUUUUUAAGAGAAUACCAUUUUUUUUUGUAUUCAUUUUUUUUGUACAAAAAAUAAACCGCGAGAUGGAAUUUUAUAAAA